UUCAUCAUUUUUUUGUUGUCAGUUGUAAUGUUGUGAUGUGUAAUGUGUUGAGGUGGGAUUAUUUUGCAAGUAAUAGGGUUAUGUUUGACCAGUAUUUUAAUAUCAUUUAAUAAAGGAUACUAGUAAAAUGGCUUUUACACUUUGGAAUCUUUUUGAAGCUGCUCUAUUAUGUCUGAACGCUGUUUGUGUAUUACACGAAGAAAGAUUUUUGGCAAAAAUGGGCUGGGGAGCGAACGCAAAUGUUCAAGGAUUUGGUGAACAACCAACAGUCAAGUCUCAGGUUUUAAAUCUAGUGCGCUCCAUCAGGACAGUUAUGAGAAUACCAUUAAUAUUUCUGAACAUAGUCACGAUUGUGGUGAAGCUAUUGCUUGGAUGAAGUGAAACGGUUUGUGAAGUUUCCAUCCUCAUUCUGUUCAAACUGAGACAUUUUCAAGAUUUUUGUAAUAUAUGUCUGCACCACCGUUAAUCUAAGCUAUGUACAUGUUGUGCUCUUUAAAUAUAUUUUAUAGUUUACUACUGAAAA